GUAAUAAAUGUUCAGAGGGGUGAUUUGAAUCCCCAUUCAUUGAAGCCAGGGCUCUUUUUACUGUCCUUUGCUGUGUGUCAAUAAAUACCAAAGGUAGAAUUUGAAACCAGGUCCUAAUGGAUCAUCUUAUACUGUUUUGUAUUUGUAUUGAUAAUUUAUGUGUUUUAAGUUCCUUGACAGCAGGAACUGUCUUUUUUUUUUUCUUUUACAGAUCAGUUCUGAGAAUAUCUAGCUUCAUGUCAUUAAGAAGCAAAAUUAGGAUGGAUGGACAUCCUGUUGCAGUAAAAAAUACUCCCAUAUGAAGAAGACUUUCUUCAAUAUGAUGGAUUCAGAAGCUCAUGAAAAGAGGGGAAACAUCCUGUCGCCUUCACAGCAAGAAAUAUCACCUCAUGCUGUUAAUGAUUUUAAGCAUUACUUUUGUGGCUGCUGUGCAGCCUUUAACAAUGUAGCGAUCACUUAUCCCAUUCAGAAGAUCCUUUUCCGCCAACAGCUGUAUGGACUUAAAACCCGAGGUGCCCUAAUUCAGUUACAGAAAGAGGGAUUGCGAAACUUAUACAGAGGAAUUCUGCCUCCAUUAAUGCAAAAGACUGCAACAUUAGCACUCAUGUUUGGUCUCUAUGAAGAUUUCUCUUCCAUUCUCCACCGGCAUAUCAGUUCUCCUGGAAUUGUGACUCGAAGUACAGCAGCUGUUCUGGCUGGAGCAACAGAGGCCCUUCUUACACCACUGGAACGUGUACAGACAUUGCUGCAAGACAACAAGCAUCAGGAUAAAUUUACAAACACUUAUCAUGCUUUCAAGGCUCUGAGGUCCUAUGGAAUUGGAGAAUAUUAUCGAGGUUUGAUACCUAUUCUUUUUCGUAAUGGACUCAGCAAUGCACUGUUUUUUGGUCUCCGAGGACCCAUCAAGGAACAUUUGCCUGAAGCAAAUUCUAAGAGUGCUCAUUUGAUUAAUGAUUUUAUCAGUGGAGGUCUAUUGGGUGCCAUGUUAGGAUUCUUGUUUUUUCCAGUGAAUGUUGUCAAAACUCGAAUGCAGUCUCAGAUUGGUGGGGAAUUUCAGUCUUUCCCCAAGGUUUUUGGAAAAAUCUGGCUAGAGCGUAAUGGGAAAUUGACACAUCUUUUUAGAGGUGCCCAUCUGAAUUACCAUCGAUCCCUCCUAUCUUGGGGCAUAAUCAAUGCAACUUAUGAAUUCUUGUUAAAGCUUGUAUGAAAAAUGUCAUCUAUAAAUCCCAGUAAUAAGUUCAGUAGAACUUCUAAGACGACUUCAGUUAUACCUUGGUUAUUAACAUUGGCUGAAUAUUAGACAGUGUCAUAAACCAAACUGAGCAAGAUGAAAUAUGAGCAAAUUUUUCUUUGGGACAAAAAUUGAAAAUAAAGAUUUAUGGGCAGGAAAGUUAAAUUAUUUUUAUCAAUACUUGCUAGGUUUAGAUUUUUGUUAUUAAUUACCAUCACUGUUGAUGGAAGGGUUCAAAGUCCAAGAAGUGAUUUUUUUUUUUAAUGGAAAUUCUUUGAACUAUAUUAAAACUUGAACUGCCAUGAACAGCUGGAGAAGAGUCCUAAUAUCCUGAGAUUUCUCAGGCUUUUUUGUGCUUCACUUUCUUGUUUACUCUCUGAAGCUGUAUAAAAUGAUCUUUAGUUUAGUGAAGCUUCAGAACUUAGAGGAUCAGAGAGGAAAGCAAAAUAAAGAAGAGAAGCAGCUCUAUUAGGUACAGGCUUUUCAUGAAAAACUGCCUCCCUUCAUUGUAAAGCCAAAUGUAUAGUUACCAAAAUUGUGUUGCUUUUAAAUCACCUAGUAUUUUAUUUGUGGUGAUGUAAUUGAGCAAUUUUUAUUCAAAACUUUGUUCUAAAAAAUUCAAAAUUUAUAGCCUCCAAUUUUCUUCAUUAGAUACAUUUCUCUUAUUGAUCCAAAAUUUAUGUUGAAUCUUUCUUGAAUAACUUUACAUGUUGAUUUAUCCUUUUUAAAGUUAAAUUUCAUCACAAAAAAUGAGACCUGAAUCUUAAGUUUGUCCUUUGAUACAUUUUCAUUCCAUUUUCACAUGGCAUAGAAUUGUUUCAUUGAAUUAAUGCUUCAUCAGCACAGGUGUUUUGUUUCCUUGAAAUUCCACUAACUCUUUUCUAUAUCCAUUCUUCUUUCCCCCUUUAAGGAGCAGCUUUAGUUAGUUACUACUUUAUCUCCACCUUUGUUGUGCUUUGCAAAAGUUCAUUAUUUUGUAGCCUAUGCUUUUUCUGAUUUCAAAAUAUGUGAAAAAAACAAACUCUUGCUUUCCAUAAUACUAACUAAUUUUGACAUUCACUUAUUAAAUUUGUGUUGGGACCCAAAUUUUAGGUUUUCUUGAUGAAACAUAAAACUCAACCAAGUUUUAAGCUCCUGGGUAAGACUUUAGAAUUGUAGCAAUUGAGGCUAACUACAUAUCUUGACAGCUAGUAGCUACAUAAGUUGGAAAUAUCAUUUAUAGUAGAAAUGGGUUUUAAACAUUUUUCCCAGAUAAAUAUGAUUGAAAUGAUUUUCAUAAAUCAGAAUUUUAUCAAUGAAAACAUCCUGGAAAAAUUAUCUUAGCUACUAAAAGAGUUACUAAAUGUUAUUUAAUUAAGUUGGUUUCUGAAAUCAGUGACUUUUCAAUUUAAGAGAGUACUGCUGCCUCCUUAUUUUAUGGGAAUGAUGUUGUAAAGCAACAUGUCCUGACCUUGCCAUUCAAAUAUUUUAAUAAUCUAUGAAAAUCUGUGCUUAAAAUCAAGGUAUUGACAAAUGACAGUUUAUUAAAAGUGUUGCAGGAGAGUAGUUAGUGAAAGAGCCAAAAAAGAUACAUAUUUCUAAAUACAAGUAUAUGACUGGCUGAACUAGAGAAUUUGACAUUUCUCCAACUAUAUGAGAAUCCAGCAAACAUCAUUUUUAAAAAUUGCUUUAUAUAACAGCAUUAACAUCCUUAAAAAAGCAGCUAUUUUGUUAUGCUGGAAAUAAAACUAAUAUUAAUUAUCAACACUAUUCAGGUUAAAUGUUACCACUUCAGAUCACUAAAUACAUGUUUAUCGCAACCUAAAGCUUACUUAAUAAAUGGAAGAUGAUUUGAGCAAAUGGAGUGGAACUUUUCAGAAUUUAAAUUUUUUAAAAAAUGUUUGAGGUAGGCCUUGACUUUGGCCAUAUAUUCAAACUAAACUUUUGGAAAUAUUACUAAAUACUUGCACUUAAGUAUGCAUGCAUUGUAAAUUAUUUCCCCCUCCAUUGUACAUUGGGACUGUAUUAUCUUUAUCUUGGCCUAGUCCUGUGUUUACACUCCAGGUGGUAGAAAUUGUGUUCUUAUGCACUUUUGUAGACUGCAAAUGAAAUUAGAAGUCAGAGAGAUUGCCUAGUUUUCCCUCUCUAAAAAUGUGUUUAGUUUGCGUUAUUAUUUUUAAAAAAUAAACAAGUUGGCUCAUGGAAUAUUUUUAAUACUCCUAACUCUGAUGUUACUUUGGAUUUCUUAUCACUUUUCUACAGCAUGUGAAAGCCAGAAUGCACAUAUAUUUGAAGUUGACUUUGCAUCACACUAGACAGCUUUAAUUUGACAAAAGAUUGAAUGAUAUCUGUGUGGAAUAUUUAGCCAUCUGCUUUGUUCUGGACUUUAAAAAAGUAAUAGUGAGCUAGGCAAGAAGUGUUAGUCAACUUCAGCGUAACUGCCUGCUUUCAAAUUUUUGACGAGGUAAAUGUUGAUUGGAUAAUUUUAUCUGAAAAGCUUUAAAAGUGUUCUUUGUAUCACCCCAUUGUCUACUUGGGAACAUGAGGGUGCUUUUGUUUUUUGCCUUUUUGUGCUACUUAAUUUCUAAGACUUCCAGAAGUUAUGGUUUUAUAUGUGGAGUCUUAAAAGUUUCUAUGUGCUCUCAAUGUAGUAAAACAGCCUUUGUACAUUAACAACUUCUACUGCAUCUCUACUUAUUUAUGGGUGCCAAGAAAAAUGGGUUUAAACAAAUAUAAUCAGCAUUCAUCUUAGCUAAGGUUGUAUAUACUGUGUAAUAUAUGUUGUGAACAGUGCUGUAAAGUGGGAUCUUUUGGAGAACUGAAAUUCCUAAGUUUAAAUUACUGUAAUGAUACUUGUAUUACAGUGCAGCAUAGUAAAAAGAUGAAAAGUGUAAAAAGGGGAAAGGGCAUAUUAAUAAAACGGGGCUUAUAGUAAGCCAAUCAUGUUUUAAAAGUAGAUUGAUUCAAUAUGGAUGAAAUAUUAUAUGUACCUGGAUGGUUAUCAGUCAUGAAGUAAAAUUUGCAGUAAAAAGGGAAUGGGGAAAGCACUUGGAUCCAAUUUUGCUUUUUAACUUCAAUAAAAGAUAUCUCCAUUUGUUUUCUGAUGAAGAAA